AUGUCUCGCCGGGCACUUCGGUGGACGCGGGGGUGGAUGCCGUCGAUCUGGCGGCCGAACGUUGGGAGGGUGCUCCCGGAUGUGGACGUCAAGAUCGAGGUGACGGAGGUGGACGCGUCGAACAAGGGGACGAAGCGGAAGAGAGCCCCUCCCACAAAGGGGCCGUGCGAGCACGGGGUGAAGCAGAGGUCGAAAUGCAAGGUGUGCAGCGCUUGUCCGCACGGGAAGAGGCCCAGUGUGUGCAAGGAGUGCGGUGGGGGCUCAAUCUGCGAGCACGGUCGUCGGCGCACACAGUGCAAGGAGUGCGGUGGGUCUGGAAUCUGCGAGCACGGUUGUCAGCGCCCUCGGUGCAAGGAGUGCGGUGGGGGCUCAAUCUGCGAGCACGGUCGUCACCGCUAUAGCUGCAAGGAGUGCGGUGGGGGUGCAUUCUGCGAGCACGGUCGUCAGCGCAGAUACUGCAAGGAGUGCGGUGGGUCUCAAAUCUGCGAGCACGGUCGUGAGCGGCCUGUGUGCAAGGAGUGCGGUGGGUCUCAAAUCUGCGAGCACGGUCGUGUACGCUCUACAUGCAAGGAGUGCGGUGGGGGCUCAAUCUGCGAGCACGGUCGUCAGCGCAAACAGUGCAAGGAGUGCGGUGGGUCUCAAAUCUGCGAGCACGGUCGUCGUCGCUCUCAGUGCAAGGAGUGUGGCGGGUCUCAAAUCUGCGUGCACGCUCGUGAGCGCUCUAAGUGCAAGGAGUGCGGUGGGUCUCAAAUCUGCGAGCACGGUCGUGUACGCUCUACAUGCAAGGAGUGCGGUGGGUCUCAAAUAUGUGGGCACGGUCGUCGACGCUCUAUGUGCAAGGAGUGCAAAAAGAUGUGA